GUCCCACCGUGGGCAGACGCGGCUCAUGGAGAUGAGAUCCCGUAUGUGUUCGGACUCCCGAUGAUCGGACCCACGGAGCUUUUUCCCUGCAACUUUUCCAAAAACGACGUGAUGCUGAGCGCCGUGGUCAUGACCUACUGGACCAACUUCGCCAAGACGGGGGACCCGAACCAGCCGGUUCCCCAGGACACAAAGUUCAUCCACACCAAGCCCAACCGCUUUGAGGAGGUGGCGUGGACGCGCUACAACCAGAAGGACCAGCUCUACCUGCACAUCGGGCUCAAGCCGCGGGUCAAGGAGCACUACCGGGCCAACAAGAUUCCCCCCCCAGAGGCCACCAACCGGACCCCUAAACCCAAAGUCCUGGUCACCAGGCGGCCGCACCCGACCCCUCUCCCCACGGAGACCCAGGACAGCCACAACCAGUCGCACCUUCUGGACCAGCGGGACUACUCCACCGAGCUGUCCGUGACCAUCGCCGUGGGCGCCUCCCUCCUCUUCCUCAACAUCCUGGCAUUCGCCGCGCUCUACUACAAGAAAGACAAGCGUCGCCAUGACGUCCACCGGCGAUGCAGCCCCCAGAGAAACGCCGCCAACGACCUGGCGCACACCCAGGAGGAGGAGAUCAUGUCCCUGCAAAUGAAGCAGCACUCGGAUCUGGAUCGGGGCGUUGGGGUGGGGGUUGGGGUUGGGGUGGGGGGGCACCACCCGACUCACGACGUGGUUCUCCGGACGGCCUGCCCCCCCGACUACACGUUGGCGAUGAGGCGUUCCCCCGACGACGUCCCGCUCAUGACCCCCAACACCAUCACCAUGAUCCCCAGCUCCAUGGGGGGUUUGGCCUCGCUCCACCCGUUCAACGCCAACUUCCCCGGAAGCGGGCAGAACAACACCCUCCCGCACCCACACCCACACUCGCACUCCACCACCCGGGUAUAG